UUAAAACCUUCGAAACACAUAAUUGUCCAAUGGCGUUGUAAAUGGGGCGCGCUUAGCAAAAAGAAAGGUGCGCCGAGAAGGAGCGUUAUUAUAGUUGCUGGUUGGUUUGUGUAACCCUAAUAGUCUAAUACGAUUCUCCUGCCUGUCGCUUGUUUCCGUGCGUCGAUUCUCUACCUUACGCCGCCUCCAUCGUUCAACAGAUUGUGAACAUGGCUCGCCGGAGCUUUGUAAAGAGUUCACCUCCUACAGCACCCAUGCAAAGCAGUGGUGGGGGGUCUAUGUUGGGAAACUUUGGAUCUACCAUCGCUAAAGGUAUGGCUUUUGGUAUGGCUUUUUAUACUGCCGGUACUGUAGCUCAUCGGGCUGUAGAUGCUUUAAUUGGUCCACGAAAGGUUCAGCAUGAAAUGGCUGCGGUGCCAACACCUCACGCUCAAGUGUCAUCCGUAUCCAACAGCUUUGGUGGCUCUGUGGCUUGCAAUACGCACCUUAAGGCCUUCCAAGAUUGCUUGAGUGCCUCUGGAAAUGACAUCAGCAAGUGCCAAUUCUACAUGGAUAUGCUGUCCGAGUGCCGCAGGAAUGCAAUGCCAAAUGCGUAGUCAUUCGGCAAUUGUGUUGUUUGCUCCAUGAAAAUGAUCUUGAAGCUUUUACUUUUUGAUAUUGGUGUCGAACUGCACUAUUUGAAUGGUUGGGGAUUUAAUUUGAAAACGGGUUUCCAAUCAACAUUUUAGUAAUUCUAUCUGAGUUUGGGUCUUUCGUUUCAUUUGCACAAUUGCACUAGUUCUUGUUUUCUGGCUGCAUUAUACUUCAUAAAAGCUGCUGCAUAUGUAACA